UUCUUAGUUGGUACUAUUCUCAAAGGUAAUUUUACGAUAGUUCGUUUCAGAAAGUCUUAUUUUCUAUCCUUUUGCUGAACAAUUUGAAAUGCGUUGAACAAAAAAGGUCUUCCAACCGUUUAUCAUAGUUGCGCUACUAUCCGAUAGAUGGCAGCAGUUUUAGUACACGGUCAAAUAAUUGUGGUCAAUGUAGAUUAGAAAAUCAUUUCCUUUGUUUAAUUUAUUAAAGAUACAUAAAAUUGAACUAUUUUUUAAAGCUCCUACUAAUAAAUCGAUUGUGAAGAGGAUAUUAUUUGAUUCUUUUUCAUAUCGUUUUCAACUCCAAGAUGUCCUUAGGGCGACCACAGUUCACGCUCCCCGUUGCUAUGUUUUGUUUUCUUUCUGCAAGCUGUCAACAGUCGUCAACUGAAUUCCUAACGGAAUUUUUCAAGCGCGCCACAAAACACCAGUGAUGCAGUUUGGUUGGUGAUUUGGUACAAAUCUUUAGCAUUCAAUUCGUUUCUGUUCGAUCCGCACAGCCGUGCACAGCAGUGUAAACAUGUCGCAAAGUGACCGUGUUACGGAUUUAAUCAUGCAUUACUACAUGGAGCAUGGUCGCAACAGGGACCUGGAAAAGUAUUUACGUUUGCGACGAAUGUCGAACGCAACGCGUUCCUCCAGUGAUGGAAGUCUUCCGUGUUUGGAUGAAUUACAGCGUCGUGCAUGCCGUUCCGCUUGCGAUCGAUCUGGCCUUGGGAAAUCGAUGGAAAAUUUGUCCACGUUACGAAAAAAAGCGGAACAGCAACAGCUGGAGGAGAGUGAAAAAUCGCUUCGCAAUGCGUCUGCAGAAAGUGCCAAAUCGGUAGCGAACAAAUCACCCGACAAAGCAGGCCCUGAUGCUGGUGGUUCGGCGGAUGGAAAGGGCGUAACAGUUAGGGAAACAAAAGUGGAACACAAGAGUGGAAGAAACUUUAACUUUAAUCUUGAGUCGGUUAUUGAAAUUAAUCUUCCUCCGCCACCGACUAUUACGUUGGGUGUACCGACUUCGGGGACAGUUGCACCGAUUACGUACACCCAACCGGACCCGCUUCCACAGGUACAGUCGGUGAUGAAGCAAGUUUCGCCACGGAUCGUCGUGCAUGAGAAUAGCACCCAAACGGCGGCCUCAGAAGAUUAUCCCAUUCGGCCAGUAGUGAAAGCGCACAUUCCCGGAAACGUGGAGGAACCGCUGGACAGUACGAAAGAUCUGUCGCCUGUCAGUAGUAUUGCAUCGAACAAGCAGAAACUGGAGUGGGAUUCGUUAGGUGACAUUGGGUAUGAUUCGAGUGAGCGUUUACAAUUCUGUGGUGCAGCCGAUCUGAACGAAACGGAAAAGCGUUGCCUUCAGCGAUACUUUGCCCGUAAAGGAUUAACGUUCGAUCGGAGCGUCAUCGUCGUACGGCAGAAGGAUGAAAAGGAGAGGAAAGCUGUGCGUCCAGGAGAGGAUACAUCGAUCAUGCGAACCAAACCGGAUGCACAGAGCACGCCAAAACUACAACCACCACUACCAGUGCAACAGAGUGAAGCUCGGGAGGAAGCAAAAUCUGCCCAAACGUCGCUUCAUACGCGCGGAAGAGAAUCACGAGGCAUACAGGUAUCGCGACGAAACGAUGAACUGUACAAUCGGCAGGACAAAGCAAUCGGAACAACCGACAGCUACACGAUGGCCUCGGUAGAUGCGGCGGAAAGUUUCGAAUUCUUUUCACCCUCGGUACCGGAAACGGAAAAUAACACCCCAUCCGUAGCUGCUUCCGUUUCUACGCCGGUGCAUACAUCAUCGAACACUUCCUCGUCCACGGCUAAUGAGGCCAGUUCCAGUAAGCGUGCAAUGCGGCCUUCGUUUGACGAUGAGGUAAAGCUCGGACUAACGCUAUACAAUUCGAUUUGUGAGCUGAACAGCAUGCCAACAGGUGUGAAGGAAAGUUUGAUCGAUAAAAUAUUUCGAAAGCUGUCCCGGCACGAUCCGAAAAGGAGGACGCGGCAACAGUUGCUACAUGACUACGGGCAGGCUGUUAGGAAGCGGAUGGAGAAGCACGAUGAAGGUGGCUGUUCGAGGGCGAUGCCAAAGGAGGAGAGCAACGUGUACGACGAUGUGAGUCCUUGCACCGAGAAGGACGACUCGGAGGUCGGUAAUGGAGGUGCUCAACUUGAUCGAAGUGUGGGCAUGGUAGAAGAGGUCAUUGAAGAGACGAAAGAUCCGGCAACGAUUGCUGAAAGCGAAGGCGUAUCGGAAGGAUCAGUACAAGCGUCAUCUUCCGAAUCGAAUGAAGGGAAAAAUGAACUACAACAAAGUUCCUCUCCAGGCAUCGUUUCCCUGGAAAAUUCGUCCCAUCGUACCGUUUCCUCGCAGCCCGUAUCAGCCGGAACGGCAAAAGAAAACCUUCCCCGAAAGAUGUCCGCUCCGGAGCCACGAGAUCGGCGCGUGCGUAAAGCUAUGCAGGAGUAUCUUCGACCCAUGACACACUCGGAAGUGGAAUAUGAAAACUUUCGUCAGCUGCGGCAACUGAACGAAGAACGUGCCAACGAUCCACAGCUUGCCAAAAUCGAUCGAGAGAUCGAACAGUUGCUGGUGAAGAAAAUGCUUCUGCUCAAUGUAGGCACUGCUGCUAUGUCGGAGCCAACAUUGCCGGUGAAAGAUAUGGUUCCUGCGCCGCCCAUUCCAAAACCACUACCCAGUGAACGCAGUGGAACGGUGUACACAUCGGUACACGAACCAAUGUCGGCUGACAGCAGCUCCAAGGAUAGUAGUUCGGCUUGGAAUUCGCACUACCACAUGGCGAAGGUGAUCAAAAAUCGUUCCAAGCUUGAAACGCCCACCGCACUCACAUCGACUCCGUCGGACGUGAGCAUUCCCACAUUUAUUAAGCAGAAAAAGGACAAAUUUGUAGAGAAUUACGAUCAGGUUCGUACACGCAGAGCGUUCGAGGAACAGAAUCACAUUUACACCCGACCGUACAGUAGCGGUGGCCAUCGAAGUGGCGAUAGAAGACACCAUCCGCAUGAGAAGGAAAACCAUGCAUUCCGAAAGGAUAGAUAUGCGUUAAACAAGCUGUCGAAAGCAACUGGCACUGAUUGCCGAGCAAUAUCGUCCUCUAAUAAUACCAUUCCUUCGCCGGAAUUCAUAUCCUCCGAUUCAAUAUCGAUACCGGUAGUGACGACACUGACAAACACUACUACGACGCACCAUUACGAUAUCAAGUCGAGAAUGCCUUCACCGCAACCGACAGCAAAAGGACGCACGGCGGGAACACAGACAACGGAUUCUAUCCUGCGCACCAAACCGAUUUUUGGGGAAGCGAAAAAGAAACCCACCUCCGUAACAACGUCCGUACAGGUUCCAUCGACUGUCGGCAGAAACAUGGCUGGGGUGAUCGAAUGUAAUUGUUCUUGUGGCCAGCGUGACCAGAAACGGGUAGAUCAUGGCUUUGAGAGGCAGAACGUUCCACGGCGAACAGAAAUUAUCAACGGCGGACGUCAGGAUAAACAGGCGCAAACGAAACCAUCAUCCAUAGCGUACGUUAUUACCUUCGCAGGCACAACGGUGGACCGGAAGGGUCACAAGUCAUCAUCCCAGCCAUCAUCGUUAUCUUCCGAAAGUGCUACCGAAAGCGAACCCGAGAAUGGGAAGGAUAAUGAGUCUGAAAAAAUGCUCACACUGCGAGAACAGUUUCGGCGAUCGUGUCCCGCCACCUUGAACCGGAUCGAGGAACGACGCCAGUGUAUAAGCGAGCUGAACAAGCUACGCAGCAAACGGAAUCAGCAACGGCAACGACUGUUGCUGCUUACCUCCGAUGACUCGUUGCGAAAAACGACCGCACAGGGAAGAAGCAAGCUGCCACCGCCACCGUUGAGCCAGCGACGUGUGUUUGCCUCGACACGUGCGAUCCGGGAGAAUACUCGCCGGCAGGUUCGCAAAUUGCCGGAAGUGCAACGGAAGAAGGAAGUCGAGCGGAUCAACAAUUUAAAGCGCAAAAAUCGCAUUCUUAAAGAUGUGUACAACAAGAACCUUCAGCGAAAAGUGCUAAAAGGGCAAGUUGACCUAUCGAACAGUGUUCGUGUAAUUCAGGACUAGCCAAGAGGAGUGUAAUCGACCAGGAGAAGCCGUUACAACAAUUUUUAUUUUUAAGUUUCUUUUUACUAUAAUUGCACAUUCGAGGUUAUGCAAAUAAAGGUAUAAAAAACAAGAAUCGUUUGCUUGGUGUUUAAGUUAAC